AUGCUAAUUCUAACCAGUUUUCCGACAACGACUCUUAUCGGUUUGCUGAAAACAGCUCGUCUUUUGAGGUUAGUACGUGUAGCUAGAAAGUUAGAUCGUUACUCGGAAUACGGUGCUGCUGUCCUGUUAUUGCUUAUGGCAACCUUUGCCCUAAUCGCUCAUUGGCUGGGCUGUAUUUGGUAUGCAAUUGGAAGUGCCGAGUUGCCUCAUAAAGAAUUUACAUGGCUUCAUCAGCUUGCACGUCACUUGAAUGAACCAUAUUUGUCAACGAAUGGAAGCGUGCCAACUGGUGGUCCGUCACUAAAAUCACGCUACGUCACAUCGCUUUACUUUACACUCUCAACUAUCACCUCAAUUGGUUUCGGCAAUGUUUCUGCUACCACUGAUUCUGAGAAAAUUUUCACUAUAAUCAUGAUGAUUUUAGGAUCUUUAAUGUAUGCGUCUGUGUUCGGCAAUGUGUCUGCGAUAAUUCAGCGCCUGUAUAGUGGAACAGCGAGGUAUCAUACAGAGAUGUCAAGAUUACGGGAAUUCAUUCGGUUUCAUCAGAUUCCGAACCCUUUGAGGCAAAGGCUGGAGGAAUAUUUCCAGCAUGCGUGGUCCUAUACCAAUGGCAUCGAUAUGAAUACCGUGUUGAAAGGUUUUCCAGACUGCCUUCAAGCGGAUAUCUGUCUGCAUUUGAAUCGAAAUUUGCUCAAUAGCUGUCCGGCGUUUGCAGGUUGUUCACCGGGAUGUCUCCGAGCCUUAAGUAUGAGGUUUCGAACGACGCACGCUCCACCGGGAGAUACUUUGGUACAUCGAGGAGAUGUUCUUACUGGAUUGAAUUUUAUUGCACGAGGUUCGGUAGAGAUCUUAAAGGAUGAUAUGGUUAUGGGUAUUCUCGGGAAAGACGAUGUCUUUGGAGAAAAUCCAUUGCUUCACGAGGAUGUUGGUAAAUCAUCAUGCAAUGUUCGAGCCUUAACAUACUGCGAUUUGCAUAGAAUAUUACGGGAUGACUUGCUUGACGUGCUCGAUAUUUAUCCUGAAUUUGCCGAAAAUUUUUGUCGUAAUCUAACUAUCACAUACAACCUGCGAGAUGUUAGUUGCUCUUCUUGA